AUGCUCAUCAGCGACGACGACGCCGUAGUGUUGAAGAAAUGGAUUGUCAAGAGGCUGGAAGACAUUAGCUCUGAUGCCGAUUCCGACGUCCUCGCCGACUACGUGCUAGCUCUGGUGAGGACAGAAGGUUCGGAUGAGCAAGUGAAGGCCAAUUGCCUGGAGAACUUGGAGGAUUUCUUGCGCGAUCACACCGAGUCGUUUGUCGACGACGUCUUCAACACCAUUCGCACGAAAUCGUACCUCCCAAACGACGCACCUCAGCAAACGCAAGCCGAGUCCCAGCCUUUCAACCCGCCCAGCGGUCCCGCCAACGGUAAUAGACGCCCAAGCGCACAAUUUCAGAACGGCUUUCAUGACAACAAUGCAGAUCAAUCGCGCAAGCGGGCAUGGGGAGAUAGGGCAGGUAGCGAACAGCGCGAUGGCCAGGACUCUCACUAUGGCCGCGGCGCCGGUGGAGACAGGGCCAUCAAGCAGAUGCGCAGAGGGAACCACCAGGGUGGAGGUGGCCGGGGAGGUCGUCACGGAGGAGACAUGGGCAUUGCGGGCCUGCCAGGCGCCGGACAGGCGGCCAUGCAGGCCAUGCAGCACAUGUCGCAAAUGCCCAAUCUCCCGCAGGGCUUCCCGCAGGUCGACCCGAACAACCCGAUGAGCGCACUCAUUGCCAUGCAGGCGUUGGGCUUCCCUCUGCCGGGAAUGCCGCAGCUGGGCAUGGGCGCGCCGAACAGCUUCGGCCAGAGCGGGUUCCCUCACGCGGGCUCGCCGCCGCCGCGGAAGAUUGGGGAGAGGUGUCGCGACUACGACACCAAAGGCUUUUGCGCACUAGGCAGCGCGUGUCCGUACGAGCACGGCACAGACCCGAUUAUCGUGCCUACCGAUGGUGGGAUUGACCCCAGUCCGCUCUACCAGGCUCGCUUUGGAUCUCCGGCGUCACUACGAUGGCCGGGACAGGCGUUGCCUCUCAGAUCCCGAUUUGCUAACCGCAACGUUCCAGAAUACGACCCGAAAAACGCCGCGAUCGACACGGACCGCAGAGCCAACGGCCACGGCGACCGCCGUCAUCACGAGAGGGGCCGUGGAGGCAGAGGGCGUGGCCGCGGCGAGGGCGGCCGUCGCGGAGGUCGCGCCCAUUUCUCACAGGCAGGCCCCAACCACGAUCGCUCCAUCACGACCAUCGUCGUCGAAAACAUCCCCGAAGACAAGUUCUCCGACGACGCCGUGCGCGAGUUCUUUUCCGAGUUUGGCAACAUCGAGGAGGUCACGAUGCAGGCCUACAAGCGCCUCGCGCUGGUCAAGUACGACGACUACUCGUCCGCCCGCAGGGCGUACGACAGCCCCAAGGUCAUCUUCGACAAUCGCUUCGUCAAGGUGUACUGGUUCAAGCCGGACCAGCACUCGGAUGCUGCCAAUGGCGGCGGCGGCGGCGCGAACGGCAGGCGCGGCGGCAGCGAAGGCGGCGCGAAGAAGGAGGACGAGGAGAUGAUGGACAUGGAGGAGAUCAAGCGGAGGCAGGAGGAGGCGCAAAAGGCGCACGAGGAGAAGCAGCAGAAGCUCAAGGAAGCGGAGGCGAAGAAGGCGGAGCUGGACGCCAAGGUGAAGGCGCAGGCCGAGGAACGCAAGAAGCUGCUGGAGAAGCUGGCGGCGAAGACGGCGGCGAACAAGAAGGCCGGAGACUCGCCCAGCUCGCCGACGAUAAAGGGCGGCGACGCGGACGGCAAGUCGUCGGAGGGGUCGGAAUCGAUGACGGACGCCAACGCCAACGGGAACGCGGACGAGAAGAGGGACAGCUCGCAGACGGAGGCGUUGAAGCUGAAGCUCGCGCAGCUGGAGGCAGAAGCGGAGAGCAUGGGCAUCAACCCGAACGACCCCAACUACGGCGGCGCAAACACGGGGUAUCGCGGUCGCGGCGGUAGGGGCUCUUUCCGCGGACGUGGCGGCUGGGCGCCUCGCGGGCGCGGCGGCUACGACCCCUCGUCCAGAGGCGGUGGCGGGUACCGCGGCCGUGGUGGUUACGGCGGCAUGCCCAGAGGCGGUGCCGUCAAGCGUCUGGACUUUAGGCCGCGGAGAGUCGUCGUCAAGAUCGGUAACGGCGAGGAGGAAUGGACGCCCGACAGGGACGAGGCGCUGCGGAGUCACCUUUUCAACAAUUACGAAUCCGACAGCAUCGACGCGUACCCGGAAGGCGGCAAGAACGCCAUGGUCGUCUCGUUCAAGGAACGCUACAUCGCCGAGAACACCACUCUGACUGACAACAUCCGCUCCGCGCACACCAAAAACACACAGUUCAUCGCCCACUCCCAAGACAUCCCUUCCAUCGGCCGCGUCCAGCUCUCGUGGGCGCCCAACCCGCCAUCCUCGGCCGCAUAUUCCCCCCAGGUACUUAAGCUUGAACAACAACAACAAUCGGGCUUCUCGUCGUCGUCGAAGCCCGGAUCGUCGGUGGCUGAUGAUGACAAUGGCGAUGAGGACGCGAGUAUGGGGGAGGCGGGGAGUGCUGUUGGCGCGGUGGGCAGCAGCGGUGGUGGUGGUGGUGGUGGUGCGGGUGGUGGUGGUGGUGCUGGGGCUGGGGCUGGGGCUGGGGCUGGGGCUGGGGCCGAGGAGUUCGACGUCGCGGAUGAUGAGGAUCGGUGGAUGGCUGCUUGA